AGAGCCCUGGGAAGGGCUGGAGUCUCCUCACCGGGGAUAUUCCAGCAUUAUCUGGAUGUCAUCCUGAGCCCUUUGCUCUGGGAUGGCCCUGCUGGAGCAGGGAGGUGCCACCAGGUGCCCACUGUGCUCCCUUCCAUUCUGGGAUUCUGUUGUCCCGCCGGGAAGCGCCGCUGCGGUGGAACCUCGGGGGGGUUUCCUGCCACUCCGCUCAACAUCAGCCCCUUGCCGGUGACUGACAGCUGUCAAUCACCGCGGGGGCUGCCGGCCGGCGGGGGCCGCUGUGGCGGCGGCGGAAGCGGAGGAGGAAGAGGAAGCGGCGCUUCUUGGCGGCAAGGAAAGGCGGCGGCGAGGCAGGGCAGCGGCGGCCAGGGAAGGGCCGGUCCGAGCGGGGAGCUCCAGCUCCGGGAAGCACGGCAAGGAGCGGGCCGGCCCCGGUGUGCGGCGGGCGAAGCGGGGCUGUUCUGCCCCGCUGUUGUCGCUUGCUCAGCCCUGCGCUCCGUGUGUCCCGGUGCGGGGAUGGAGCUGGCGGGCGGCAGCACCAUCUCGCUGUGGACCGUGGUGGCGGCCGUGCAGGCGCUGGAGCGCAGCGUGGCCGCACACGCGUCCCGGCUCUUCAGCCUGGAACACCGGGCCGGCAACAGCGAGAAGAAACACCUGGACUGCGAGAAAAUGGUCGGGGAGUUCGGGAGUCAGCUGGAGAGCAAGUGCGCGGCGCUGGGCACCCUCAUCCAGGAGUACGGGAGGCUCCAGCGGCGCCUGGAGAACAUGGAGAACCUGCUGAAGAACAGGAACCUCUGUAUCCUGCGGCUGCCCCCCGGGGUGGAGGUCCCCAAGGCCCCGGCUGUGGCGUUGGAAAACGAUGCCGCUGGUUUUUCCACGCAGGAGUGGGAGAACCUGGAGGAGUGGCAGAGAGAGCUGUGUGGAAAGGUGCUGACAGGGAAGAGAGAAGCCCCGGUCCUGCUGGACGAUGUCAUCUCUGAACCUGCCCUCCUGUCCCGGCUCCAGGGAGAAGCGCCCUGCAAUGAGGAGGAGGCAGCUCCCAGAGAGAUGCCAGCAGAACCAGGUGCAGAGGCUCUGCUGUUUGAACUCAAUGUGAGCAGCUGGGACAGCAGAGAAGUGCAGGAAAACCAGGAGGGAAGAGCAGGACUGGCUGAACCUGGCCAUGCAGACUGCAGCAUUCCAGAGCCGAGCUUUGCUGUCAUUGUGAAGCAGGAAGAGGAGGAAGAGCCUUAUGCAAAGGAGCGGGGAGCCAUGGAGGGCGUGGAGUUCUCAGAGCUUGGUGUGGGGCCGGACUCCGCUGGACACAACGCCCAGGCCCCGGCGGAGGGCAGGAACCGGCCGAGUGCCCGGAGCUGCAGGGACCGGGAUGUGAGAGGGAAUCCCGCGGAUACCGGCACCGAAGACAGCAUAAUCCAGAUUAAGCAAGAGGAGGUGUUGUGCACUGCAGUUAGAGAGGAGGAAACUGCAAAAGCUCCUGGAGAGCCCUGCCCAGCAGAACGAGGAUUUUACGAGCCUGAGGCAUCCAGUCAGACCAGGAAAGGCAGCGAGGUGGAUGCCAGGGAACUGCCAGGCACAGAGGGUGAGGACCUCCCAAGAGACCCUGACACAGGAUUUCAGACUUACGCAAUGAAUGUUUCAUCGUGGAUUAAACAAGAGGAGGAGCCACCCUGCUCUAAACAGCAGGACUUGGAGAAAGAGGAAAUCUCUGCAGAUCCAAGUACAGAUGAAAAUUUGAAGAGGGAUCAUCCAGCAAAUUGCUUAGAGAGCAAGACCUGUGAUUUAGAGGUACCAGGAAGGCUGGGGGAGGGGUUUCCCAAAGAUCCCAGCCAUGGAGUGACAUGGGACAGUCAAUGGAAUUCAGAAAUGAUGGAAACAACCACCAGCAGGAAUGGGAACAGCCUUGGAGGUGAUGCUCAGUACGAUUUCUUUAGCGCUCAGGAAAAGAGCCUGGAAAAGAGACCCUGUGUGUACAAGAGUGAGAGAAGCUGCCCACAGCAGGACCAGCCUCAGGCACCUCAGGGAGAAGGGGAAAUGUUUCCAGGCCCCACGUGUGAGAGGAUGUUCCCUCUGCUUCACCCACACCUGGGAGAAAUUGGAAUCGGCCCUGGAGAGAAGGGAAUGGGCCUGGGAGAGAUGAGAAUGGGCCCAGAAGAGAUGGGAAUGGGCCUGGGGGAGAAGGGAAUGGGCCCAGGAGAGAUGGGGAUGGGCCCAGGAGCUGCUCCCACCUCCUGUGAGGGACCAGGGCCCCGCUCUGAGUGUGCAGAGACACCCCCAGGCCCAGGCAGGCCCCGUGAUCAGGACAGCCUGGGCACAGAGGAACCUGCUGAGAAUGAGGAGAGCUUCCCCACGGACACAUCGGGCUCCAGCCCCUGCUGGGAGCCCCCCCUGGCCCGGGGCAGCCCUGCCCAGCAGCAGAGCCAGGGCCGGGGCAAAUCCUACAUUUGCACCGACUGUGGGAAAAACUUUGUUUGCCAUUCAUGGCUCGUUAGGCACCAGACAAGUCACACAGGAGAGAGGCCCUACAAGUGCUCCAAGUGUGACAAAACCUACAGGAGGAAGGAUUACCUCCUGAACCACCAGCGCCGGCACACGGGAGAGAGGCUUUUCCAGUGUCCUCUCUGCAGCAAAAGAUUUGUGCUCAAGAGGAGCCUGAUGAAGCAUCAGGAAGGUCACAUGCAGGACACCCACGUGUCACAGGUCAGCUGGCCCUGCAGGAACAUCAGGGACUCUGUGAUGCAUUCCAUGUAGGACAUUCCCCACAGCCCCCUCAGUGUCCCCUGCUGGGCCAGGGCAGCACCCAAAGCUCUGUGCCAGACCCUGAGGGCAGGAGGAGGCUGUGGUACGGCUUCCUGAGCCCCUCCCAGGAAAAGGGAGGUGGCUGGGGAGUUUUUUUUCCAUGUUAGACAGCAUUCACCAGUGCCUGUGGAUUUGGGGAGGUGGAGUUUGGAGGUACUGCUGACUGUGAGUCCAUGUGGCAGAGAAACUGCAUUGACAUGGAACCAUUUGUGAUGCCUGUUACAAAGAAGAGUUGUCUGAAUGGAGAGAAAUUAUCCAAAAUGUUAUCCCAGGAGUCCAGAGUCCUGGGAACAAGUGAGUUAAAGGUAUUAAUUGUCCACUGAAGGAGUGAAACUGUGUCAGGAAACACUCACUGCGGUAAGAUGCUUUGGGAAAGGAAGUGUUGCACCUGUAGCUGCAGGAGGAAGCUUCUUUCUUCAGUGGCAAACAGAAAGAAGGUGCAGAGCCUGAGAGCCAGCUUAUUCCCACUGUUAAAUCCUGGGGCUCCUUGCUGUUGAACCCCAAGGGAGAAUUCCUGGAGGGUGAGAAAAUGGCCAGGGAGCCUGGAAUAUGGUUUUAAUUCUGCACAGCCUUAAAGUUGUGUUGCAUUUCUUUCCCCACAUUGUUCAGUGUUUGUUCAGUUUUCCAAAUCCUGUGAAAGCAGAACAUGGAGAUGCUGCAGAGACCUGGGAAACAGAGAGUUAACAAGCUGCUGUGUCCCAAACACUGAUAACAGGAGAAGAGGCCAUGUGGAGGUAGGGCAGCCCUGCUCCUCCAGCCUCCUCUCUUGGGUCUGUGUGUCCCAUUCCCAAGAGGAAAGAAGCUCCCAAGGUUUGUUUGUGGUCAAAAAGGAAUGACAGGUGUCAGAAGAGUCCAAAAAAGCUGAUAGCAAAUCCCACUCUCAACAUGGAAAUUGGUAUUUUUGCCCUUAUCUUCUGGUAGGAAGAGAAAUAAAAAUGUAAAAGGGAAGAGGAAAAGGGGAGGGAGAUCAGAGAGAUGAAGGGGAGGACAUCAUCAGUCCUGGCUCUGACAUCAAUCCAGCUGACACAGUGCCCAGGAUCCCAGAGGUGCCCCUCUGAGCCCUGGAUCACCCUUUUACAGCCAAGUUUUCCACACCCUGGGGCUACCUUUGAUGCAAACGAGUCAGCAGACAUAGUCCAUCCCUCUGUGUCCUCUUAGAAAUGGGUCAGGGGGGUCUUUGGUGGUUUUGAUCCCCCCCAGCUUGAUCAAUCUUUGUUGGACACUCCAUGCCCUGUGCUGUGCAUGCUGUGCUUAUCUCCAGGAGCCAGCACUAGGGUGUUUGUCCCAAAAAAGAGCUGUCCCAGCUCCAUGUGUCCCCCUUUUGCAGCUGUAUCCUACCGUUCUCCACAGCUCAGACACACCCCCUUAAAGUUUAAACUUGGGCCUGAAAAAUGACCAGCUUGGGACUCUACUUGCUUCAGCAGCAUGCUGGGAAAGAGAAUUAUUAGAGAAUUUAGAUAGGAAAAAGCAUGGUAGAGACAAACAAGACCCUAGAGAGAAAAGGAAAGGGAGGAAAAGAGCUGAAUUUCUGCUGUCAGUGAAAACCAAGCAGCUGCAGAAAGAGUUAAGGAAGAAAAAGAGGAAGACAAACCCAAAAUUGGAAAAAUCAGAGGGGCUGAAAAUAUCUGAGGGUCCCCAUCUGCAGCCACACCUUAUUCCGUUUGUCCCUUGUUAUUCAGGUUUGGGACACAGCAGCACUUUAACUCCUUGGUGCCCAGGAUGCUGCACCCCAACACAGUGUUGGGACCCUCAGCUCUUAUUGGGGCCAACUCCAGAAAUUCCCUUUCCUGCCGUGAAUUCAGGAAUUUGCCAUGGUGGUACUUUAAUUUUAAAUCAAAGAGUGCAGGUGCUGCAUGGAGUCAGUGCACUGUAGCCUCUGGAAUUGUUUUGGGGUUAAGGUUGGCUUCUCACCCAAGUCAUAAAUUAACCUGAGCAGUUUGGCACAGGGGCAUUUGCUCCAGGGAUUUUAACUCCUUGCCCUCCGGGUCCUACACCAGCAUCCUGCUAUGUUAACACUGGAUAUUGUUCUCCCGCGUCCAUUAAAAAUUUUAUUAAUUGUUGACAAGAAUUAGCUGGAAUGUGAAUGUCCAGGCCAUUAUUCUGGGUGCAUGGAUAUUAUUCCACUUGCUGGAUGUGUGGCUGUUAAGGAAAUUUCCCUGUCUGCUCAUCCAGGAGCCAGUGUGGAGUCACAGCUGAGCAUGACCUGAGCUGGGACGGGCUCGUGUGAGCUGAUGGGUCCGUGUUUGAUCCCACACAGGUAAAACACUCACUCAGGUUUCCUCAAGACUCCAUCCCACA